AUGGCAGGGUUGCCGCAGUGCGGCGGCCAUGGGCCGGUACAAACAAGUGCUGUUGUUGUACUUAGUGGCACCGCUCAAUGCUCAGCGAUGCCUCCUCCCUCUCCACCAACACCAUCCAUCUCCCCACCAGAGACUGCAUUCUGCGAGCCUAUAGACCCCCUUAGUCUUGACCGAGAACUCCGAGAAGAGCGCCAGGCAAAAGACCAAAUACUCCGAGAUGGAAUUCACGUGCUGAACACAGAGUCCCGGGCCCUCAGGAAUCUCACCAGAUUAUACGAGACGGAUCUGAUAGCUCGAGAUGGCUUCUGCAAAUCCGUCCAAGCCAUCACGCGGCAGGAGGCAACAAAAGGAAAGCUGGUUGUGAUCGGGGUGGGUAAGUCGGGACAUAUCGGUCAGAAGUUGGUGGCCACGUUUAAGAGUCUCGCCAUCCAUGCAGUCUUCCUUCACCCGACAGAGGCCCUCCAUGGAGACCUCGGCAUCAUCGGACCUCAUGACACUCUCAUGUUCAUCACAUAUUCCGGAAAGACGCAGGAACUUUUUCUCAUGCUGCCCCACCUGGACAAGUCGCUCCCACUUAUACUGCUCACAUCUCACACGUCCCAUGACACAUGCGAGUUCAUCAAGCAUCGACCGGAUACCAUCCUCCUUCCGGCACCUAUCCCGGAGGCUGAGAAGACGACGUUCGGAGUCUCGGCACCAACGACGUCGACGACGGUGGCGCUGGCUCUUGGCGACGCACUCGCCAUCGCGGCGGCGAAGGAACUUCACACAAGCGUCUCCGCCGUCUUUGCGAGGAAUCAUCCGGGAGGGGCCAUCGGUGUCGCAGAAAGGAAACCUCAGACGAUCAAGGAUAUCGCAAUUCGGUGGGCCGAUAUUCCACUGCUGGUGGACCAGGGAGAGGAGAGCUUGGGCCUGGACCUUCUCCGCGCGGGAUACGACUCCCCCACAGGAUGGGUGCGGGUAAGGGAUCUUGCUGCGUCCCCCAGCAAGAUCCGCGGCCUGGACAGGCAAGACUUCAGCCGCAACUUGCGAGAUAUUCCCGGGCUCCUCAUUCCUAGAGCACAGAUGCUCUCCCUGUCGUCAGAUACGACCCUCCGUCAGGCGCGAGCUAUGCUGAAGAGUCUGCAGUCGUCACCCACCGAAGAAGAGGUGGCCUGUGGGCCGGAGAUGGUCGUGGCUGUUAUGGAGAAGGGUGAAAUUGUUGGCGUUUUGGAGGUUGGCAAGGUGGUGGACCACAGAGCAUAG